CUUUAUAUAUAUCGCCGGGCCAUGUCUUAGAGAAACGUAUAUAAUCUACGCUCCACCGAAAAAAAGGAAAUAUAUAUAGAUAGGGCUCUAUAAGUUUCUUGCAUAUCAUUCGCUUUCCAAGUGUGCGCCCCUCUCCGAGGAGCAAUAGCUCUCCCGAUUGUUGAACAACUGUUCUAUAUCCACUGGAUAUUUUAUUUUUUGUUUGUUUGAUUCGUUCUUUUUUGUCAAACAAGUUUUCUUUUUUUUUUUUUUAAAUUUUUCAAUCGCUGAAACAAGAAUUUUCGGAUAUGUAACCGAGUGACAGACGCGGAAUAUAAAACGCUGUCGACAAGCGCAGAGAGUGUGAGUUUGAAACUUUUUUGACAUCACUAUUGCAAGCGUCGUUCAUAUUGGUGACCAAAACAAAAGGCAAUGACGACUGGGAUUUCAUCGUUUGAAUUUGGCGGGCGCUACUGUUGGUGCUGUGUUUGCUUCUUCUGGAUUUGGACGACACUGACAGUGUCCGGGACGUUGAUGAUUCAGCAAAUUCUGGUUCCGGUCCAAGUCAUGAGUGGCUCUAAUGUGGUACUUCGCUGUCUAUUUGCGGAAAUUGGCUCUAACUCAACUCCGAUUUCGGGUAAUCACAAACAUGGCAUUAUUACGGAAUACGACCCCGCUGCCGCAGGUCCGCUCUAUUCUCUCAAGUGGUAUAAAGGUUCGCACGAGUUUUACCGGCAUCUUCCCAGAGAGAACCCACCGACAAAAGUCUUCCAUUGGUCACAGUUUAACAUAGAGACGGAUGCGACGGAGCCGGGCAAAGUGAUACUGCGCGGCGUCAAUUCGGAGGCCGAGGGAUCGUACAAAUGCGAAGUAUCGGCAGAGGGGACUUUCCACACUGAUUUCGCCGAGGCAAAUCUCACCGUCAUUGAUGUCGAAAACGAAUCCUUGAAUCUGGUACAAGAUUCGCCGUUGGAAGAGGCCAGAACGGGCGACCGGAGAAAGUGGAAUUGCACUUUUGGCCAGAGUCGACCACCGGCUCACAUAGCCUGGUUUAUCAAUGGCGAACCGGUGGCAUCCAGCAGUCCCUACAGCACGGCGAACAGCAGAAGUGCAGUGGAGGAACAGAGCGGUGAAGCCGAAAUGAACUCACGAACCGGUGCGACAAAACCCUUGGAAUUCGUCAACUCUGUCUUGGAAUUAACUCUUUCCGAACGUCACUUUAAAAAUCAGUGGUUACGAGUCUCUUGCGUGGUACAAAUCGGCAGUGGAUUUAAAAAGACAAAAGAGAUCCACAUCCGACAACAAAAGCAGGGCUCAGCUGACCGUCCAACUAACCAUAAUCCGUCAGCUGUGGUCGGUCCGAAUGGCAGCAGAACUGGAACUAAUAGAGAGAACGAAUUCCAACCCUCGACCAUGUCAAAAAUUGCUGGAUCGCCAAAGGCUACUAUAGCGGACUCGGGGACGAGCUCACUAGUUAAUAUGACUGGUCAAUCAUCGUUCAGCUGGAUGCUACUUAUGCUCAUUUUUAUUCAAACAAUGCAUGCCAAAUGUUUUUGAGAAGUCGUUUGUUCAGAACUCAAUAAAAAAUAAAUUAAAGGCACAAAAAAUGGUGGAGAAAGUCCCAUUGAUUAUCCAAAUUUUUAUCCGGCAUUGGAAGAGUUAUUUGGAAAAGGUAUAAUAUGAAUCCUUCAAUAUUAUUUUGAAGCAAUAUUAAUGUAAUUCACUGCAACGUUACAUAAUGGCUAUGUUUUAAUGUAAUCAUCAAUAGCUGUCACACCUAACUAUGUCGCAAUUUGAUAUUUGAUUGAACUUGUGGAAAAAUUUCUGUGACCUCAAAACGAAAAGAAAUAUAAGAUGAAAGAAACACGAUGCAAAAUGUAUAGAGACAAAUAAAAAUACUGACAAUAAGGUAGCCUACCAUUAAGACAAAAUAAACACAAAUUAUUGUUGGAUCAAAACCUAAUAAGGCAUCAACUUUCCCUCCGAUUUAUGGAGUGUAGCCGAGUGAAGCAGGGUCGUUGUACUUUUCAA